AUAAUAUACGGUAAUGAAUAUCCUUCUCUACCGUAACAUGUAAUACCGAUAAGGAAAACGGGUAAUCCAGGUACCGCCCCAUUUGCCCCUCUUCGUGUUAUGAUUUAGUAUGUUUAUUUAUCUUCUCUUCUGAAUAAAAUACCAAUACCAUCCAUAAUACAUACCCAACUCCGCCUAUCCAGUUUCUGUUCGGCCUUUUCUUCUCUGCUCUCCUCAUCUUCUCCCAUCUCCCUCUCUCUCCAUCUCUCGCUCCAUAUCCUUCUCCUCUUUCCUCUACCUCUCCCUCGUUUCAUUCUCUCCUUGAGGUUCCUUGAUACUACCUAUCUAUCUAUCCAUUCAGAUCAUUCACCCACAUCAUGUCCGCCAAAUCUAUCCUCGAGGCUGAUGGCAAGGCCAUCCUCAACUAUCACCUCACUCGCGCCCCCGUCAUCAAGCCCUCCCCUCUCCCCGCUCCUACCACCCACAACCCUCCCUCUCGCCUGGCCUCCCUCUACUUCCCCGAAGAUGCCGCCGUCAAGGAUAUCCUCGACCAGGCCGAGGUCACCUACCCGUGGCUCCUCGUCCCCGGCUCCAAGUUCGUCGCCAAACCCGAUCAAUUGAUCAAGCGCCGUGGGAAGAGCGGUCUGCUCGCCCUCAACAAGACCUGGGCCGAGGCCCGGGAAUGGAUUGAGGCUCGCGCCGCCAAAGACGUCCAGGUCGAGUCCAUCACCGGUGUCCUGCGCCAAUUCCUCGUCGAGCCUUUCGUCCCCCACCCCCAGGAGACCGAAUACUACAUCAACAUCAACUCAGUGCGUGAGGGUGACUGGAUCCUCUUCACCCACGAAGGUGGUGUCGACGUCGGUGAUGUCGACGCCAAGGCCGAGAAGCUGCUCGUCCCCGUCAACCUGAAGAACUACCCCUCCAACGAUGAGAUCGCCGCGGCCCUGCUCAACAAGGUGCCCCAGGGUCUCCACAACGUCCUCGUCGACUUCAUCACCCGCCUCUACGCCGUCUACGUUGACUGCCAGUUCACCUACCUGGAGAUCAACCCCCUCGUGGUCAUCCCCAACGCCGAUGCCACCUCCGCCGAGGUCCACUUCCUCGAUCUCGCGGCCAAACUGGACCAGACCGCCGAGUUCGAGUGCGGUACCAAGUGGGCCGUCGCCCGCGCCCCCGCCAGCCUGGGCAUCACCGCCGCCCCCAAGGACAACAAGGUCAACAUCGACGCCGGCCCCCCCAUGGAGUUCCCCGCUCCCUUCGGCCGUGAGCUGACCAAGGAGGAGAAGUUCAUCUCCGACAUGGACGCCAAGACCGGCGCCUCCCUCAAGCUGACCGUCCUCAACGCCAGCGGCCGUGUCUGGACCCUCGUGGCCGGCGGUGGUGCCUCGGUCGUCUACGCCGACGCCAUCGCCUCGGCCGGCUUCGUCAGCGAGCUCGCCAACUACGGCGAGUACUCGGGCGCGCCCACCGAGACCCAGACCUACAACUACGCCCACACCAUCCUCGACCUGAUGCUGCGGGCCCCCAUGCACCCCGACGGCAAGGUCCUCUUCAUCGGCGGUGGUAUCGCCAACUUCACCAACGUCGCCUCGACCUUCAAGGGCGUCAUCCGCGCCCUGCGCGAGGUGGCCCCCGUCCUGAACGAGCACAACGUCCAGAUCUGGGUGCGUCGUGCGGGUCCCAACUACCAGGAGGGUCUCAAGAACAUCAAGGCCGUGGGCGAGGAGCUGGGUCUCAAGAUGCACGUCUUCGGGCCCGAGAUGCACGUCAGCGGCAUCGUGCCGCUGGCGCUGUGCGGCAAGAAGACCGACAUCAAGGAGUUUGGUGCCUAAACGAAUUGCCCAUGAGAUUUCUUCCAUUUACUUAAUUUAAUCUUCUUCCUUUUUUUUUCCUUCUUCUUUUUUUGUCCUUUUUUUUCUUUUGUGAUCUUUUUUGUGUUGAAUUUUCUGAACGCAUGGCAUGACACGGGUUUUCUUUAUUUUGUUUGAUUUUUACCCUACUGGAGCAGGGAUGCCGAAGAGACGAUAUUAGCGAGACUGCCUUGACUUAGAAGAGGCAUGCGGUAGGGAUGGACUUUAGAUCGGGUUUAGAUCAGCGUCAAUCUAGUAUCUACCAGUGUCUAAUAGGUUUGGACCAUACAUCGUCGGUAAAAAUAGAGGUAUAGAUUAUCUU